AUUUACCAAAUAAAUUGUACGACAAAUAACUAUUGUGUAUACGUCCUUAUUGUGUUCAUUAAGAUCAUUUAACUUCUUAAUAUUGAAGCGUAGUAUCAUUUUGUUUGGGCUCCAUUCGAUACACGAAUAAAUUGGUCGUAGAUAUGUAAGGAAAUUAUAAAAAUAAAUAUCGUUGCGAAUAAGUGAUCUGAUUCUUUUAUACGUAGUAAUUACAUGUGAUAAAUAUGAGAGUGUAUGGAAUAUUCAAAGAAGGCAGUAAGGUCAAUCAAAUAAUAUGCGCGUUUUUCAUAAACCUACCCGUAUUCGCAUACGGAGCGAGUAUAGGAUGGAUGUCCCCAAUGACUCUGCUCUUGCAGUCAGAUAAGUCUCUCAGAGGCACCCCUCUCACAGACCUUGAGGUAUCAUGGAUGGCAGCGGUUGCCUAUUUAGUUUGUGUCCCGGGCGACUUUAUUAUGGCACUCUUGGGAGACCAUAUCGGACGCAAGCGAACAUUAAUGUUGAUUUCUUUGGCUAAUGCUCUAACAUGGAUAAUACUAUUAUCUUCUACAGAAAUAUGGGCUCUUAUAUUAGCAAGAGCUUUGGUUGGAAUCGCCAUGGCAGGGAGUUAUGUUACUUGUCCUAUAUAUACGAAGGAAAUUAGUGAUGACAAUGUACGAGGUGUUUUGGGUUCCUUGGUGGUUCUUUUCCACACUACGGGAAACUUAUUUCUUUACAUCAUAGGUGAUUAUUUAAGUUAUAAUACUAUUCUAUGGAUUUGCCUCAUGAUACCUACCUUUCAUCUAAUUGUAUUCAUGAUGAUGCCAGAAACACCUUCGUACUUAAUCAAACGUGGAAAAGCUGAGGAAGCUGGAAGAGUUCUAGCAUGGCUACAUUCUAGAAAGGAAACCCAUUCCUCAAUAACAAAUGAAAUUCAAUUACUACAGAGGGAACAGAAAAAUGACGAAGGCAGUAAUAAGUUCCUGAUUAAAGCUAUUUUUAAAGACAAAACGCUAUUCCAAGCCUUUCGUAUAGCAAUGGUACUCAGCUUAUCGCGCGAGGUUUGUGGAGCGAUACCAGUACUGAACUUUGCUGGUGAAAUAUUCGCAAUUGCUUCUAAGGAGAACAGUCUUGUACUAACACCAAAUCAACAAGCUAUGCUAUUGGGAGCUAUACAAGUCGCUGGUUCCGCUUUGGCUUCUUGUAUGAUAGAAAGGACUGGAAGAAAGUUCAUACUCUUCACAACAUCACUAAUAUCUGGGAUAAGCAUGUUCGUAUUGGCUUCAUGGUUCCUAGCAAUGGAUUAUGCCUUGAUACUGCCGAAUUGGGUGCCAAUAAUGACUCUGUGUUUAUGUAUCUUUUGUGAUUCGGGUGGUCUAGCGCCUAUGACUAUUGUCAUAUUGGGGGAAAUAUUCUCGUUCAAGUAUCGUGGAACUGUCAUGGCGGUUACAAUGUCAACAGCAUCUCUUGCAGACUUCCUACAGUUGCUUCUCUUCAAACCUUUAGCAAAUUCUAUUGGUAUUCAUGCAUCGUUCUAUUUCUUUGGUCUUAUCUGUGUCGCCAACGCCUUUUAUGUUCUGUUUUGGGUGCCAGAGACAAAAAAAAGAUGUCUAGAUGAUAUUUAUGAUGAUUUGAAUAAAGGGAGAACGAAACGAAAGGAUAAUUCGUCGGCUGUUGAGCAUAGAUUGUGAAUAAAUGUUUUAGUGCA